AACCCGAAAUCGACCCGAAAUCUGACCCGAAUUGCCACCCCUAGUCACAACACGAAGCCUGAUACACCGUUCAGCUGCCUCCGUCAACAAUCAACCUCCAUUGACAGAGAAAGCACUCAACUCUCAUAUUUCUCAACUUCUCAGGUUGCUCUUUGAAGAAAUAGAAAGAAUAUGAAUGAAAAUGUAACACAAGUCCAGCAACAACUCACUGAGCUUGAGAUUGAAGCUGAACAUCUGAUUUUGGCACGGCUUCAGGUUGUGGAAAAUGACAGGUUAAGGAAUGGGAACAGGGAGGCAUUAACAGCACUUAGGAAGAAGGCACGUACAACAAAAACUAGUGUUCCUUCUCCAUUUGAGUCUAUUAUGAAGGAGAUUGGAGGGCAUGGUUCCAAGACAUUAGUUCAAGAAGUUUGUCCAACCUGUGGAAAUCAUGAUGCGACUGAAAAUAUGUGGAUGAUGUUCCCUGGAACAGAUGUCUUUGCUCAGGUUCCAUUUCAUGCUGCUCAUACCAUAUUAGAGGAAGAUCAAGAAAGGCUCGACUCUGAAAUGAAUGAGCUGCAGACUCUUGUCAAAGAGAAGUGUCUAAUAAUCUCAGACAAGGGUGCUAUUGCCGACAAGAUUAGCCCAGGGAUACUUAGGUCUUUAGUGACAUUAACAGACAAAAAAUAAACAUUUGUGACAAAAUUAACUAGUUUUUAUCCUAUAUUCUGCAUAAUCUGAUUUUGUAUAUCUAAUUAUCUAUCCAACAGUAUUCAAAAUGGUUUUAGUUCACAAAAGGAGGCCCUCUACUGUUUUUGCAGCCUAAUGAGUGUCGCAAUUUUAGGGUCUUUUUUUAAUUUUUUUUUUUAAUAUUUUUAUUUUUAAUAAAUUGCAAUUUUAGGUUUUUGUUGAUUAAAAAAUAACUUUAACCUAUAAUAAUCAGAAAUGUUAUCAAAAGUUGCUAUUUUUUUUUUUUUUUUUUUUUGGGGAGUUGCUGUGCAAUCCAAUCUAAUUUCUGAGCAAACUACUACAUAUACUGUAAAAAUUUUUGCGUAAGAUCCAUCCAAUUAACAUUGAUCUAAAAAACAAAAUCUGAACGA